GUGUUCCUUAUUUUGUGAACCGUGUGAAUCAUGUUUGACCUGUUUGUUUGUGAAAUGGGAAUACGUCAUUUCUACUGGCGGUGCUCAUUAUUUCUUAACUACUCUCUUUGAAUUCCAAAGUUCGCAAUUAGAGCUAGGGGGCAAGUCAAAAGGUUCACUUUACAAAUUCAUUUAUAAUGGCCGCCGCAUCAACAAUAGUGUAUGACCCAACAAAACAACUUGAUGUAUGGAUAUGGAUAGUCAACGCAUAUCCCAACUGCCCAACAAGAUGACACUAGACCCCCCCUGUUCGCCUGUUCUUUGUACAACCAAACAAACUCACCCAAAUGUGUAAGAAGAUCCAAUCAAUCUGCAACUCUCUCUGGCUCUCUGUAUGGCCUCCUCCUCCUCCUUUUUCUUCUUGUUAUUCUGUUUCUCAUUUGUGUUCUGUCCAUUCUUUACUCUCGCAGGGCCUCUCUAUAACCAAUUUGUGUAUCCAGACUUCACAGCUUCCAAUUUCCAAUUCAUUGACUACUCUGGUACUUUCUUGCUUUCUCCAAAUGCAAGCUUCAAGGCCUCCAUUUCGAACCCAAACCCACAUGUCAAGCAGUAUUAUUUCGCUGUUGUUCAUGAUCCUUCAAAUACUAUCAUCUGGACUGCCAAUCGAGACCAACCCAUCUCAGAUUCUGACAAACUCUAUCUCACCAGUGAUGGUCUCUCUAUUCAUGAUGAAGCCAACAACAGAACCAUCUGGUCUGCAUCUCAGUUUCGAACCAAGGUUUCAGUUUUGGAGCUUCAAGAGUCUGGGAAUCUGGUGUUACUUGAUUCCAAUAAUGUUUCUGUCUGGGAGAGCUUUGAUCAUCCCACGGACGCUCUAGUCAUGGGACAAAAAUUACUUGUUGGGAAAUCAUUGGAUGGUUCUGUAUCGGGGAGCGACUUGGCGAGAAGUGAUUACAGGCUUAUAGUGACUGAUAAUGAUGUAAUAUUGCAGUGGAAGGGAAUGACUUAUUGGAAGUUGUCAAUGGAUACCAAGGCCUUGAUGAUGUCUUAUUCAGUUGUAUCGUUUUUGGUCAUGAAUGAAACAGGGCUGUACUUGGUUGGCAGUGAUGGAUUCACUGUCGUUCUUAUGGUUAGCAUGGCUAAACCUGAUCAGUCUGGUUUCAGAAUUGCCAAGUUGGGAUCGGAUGCUCGAUUCAGUAUUAGUACCCAUGUGAACCAAAAAUGGGGACAAGAAUUUUCAGGCCCUGUUGAUGAUUGUCAAAUUCCUUUCUUUUGUGGGCGUAUAGGGUUGUGCACGACUGGAACAUGUUCAUGUCCACCUGGUUUUCAUACAAAUUUCCAAUGCGAGCCGACGGAUAGUUCUCUUUCUCUGCCUCCUUCUUGCAAUGCAACCAGAGGUAAAGUUGAUUCUGUGUUUUCUUACUUGAAAUUGGGGGAUGAUAUGGACUACUUUGCCAACAACUUCGUGGACCCAACUAGACAUGGUGUAAAUCUAUCAACUUGUGAAGGUUUGUGCUCGCAGAAUUGUUCUUGCCUGGGAUUUUUCCAUGGAAGUUCUUCCGGUUCUUGCUAUCUACUCCAAUCCCAUAUGGGUUCUAUAAUGUCUAGUUCUACUAAUAAGGAUGAUCGCGCUGGCUACAUUAAGACCAUAGUUGUUUCUUCACCUUCUGAGGACCGAAAAUUUCCGAUAGCAGCUUUGGUGCUAUUGCCUUCAUCUGGGGUUUUCUUGUUCACUAUCAUUAUCAUAGGAUUUCUAUGGUGUAGGAGAAACAGGCUUUCAGGGAGCAGCAUAUUUAAAUUAGGCCGUAAUGAUUCAGCUUCGUCAGAGCUAGAGAUAAUCUCUAUUCCAGGUUUGCCAGUGAGGUUUAACUCUGAAGAGCUUGCCAUGGCAACUGAGAAUUUCAAUACCAAGAUUGGUAGUGGUGGCUUUGGAGUAGUUUAUAAAGGUAUUCUAUCUGACAAAACAGUAGUAGCAGUGAAGAAGAUCACAAGUUUGGGAGUUCAAGGGAAGAAGGAAUUCCUUAGUGAGAUUGCAGUUAUUGGAAACAUUCACCAUGUCAAUCUUGUUAGAUUAAAAGGCUUUUGUGCACAAGGGAAUCAACGGUUUCUUGUCUACGAGUACAUGAACAAGGGCUCACUUGACCGAACAUUGUUUUGUGAUGAAACUGUCUUAGAAUGGCAAGAAAGGUUUGAAAUCGCGCUUGGAACAGCUAGGGGUCUUGCUUACUUGCAUAGUGAAUGUGAACACAAGAUCAUCCAUUGUGAUGUGAAGCCAGAGAACAUUCUCUUGGAUGAUAAAUUGCAGGCGAAAAUCUCAGAUUUUGGGCUUUCGAAGCUGCUAACCCCCGAACAAUCUAGUCUUUUCACAACAAUGAGAGGAACCAGAGGAUAUCUUGCACCAGAGUGGCUAACUAGCUCUACAAUUUCAGACAAGAUAGAUGUGUAUAGUUAUGGAAUGGUACUACUAGAGAUUGUGAGGGGGAGAAAGAACUGCUCAGCACAAACACAUAGCCGUAGCACAGAAAAUGGAGGCAGUGGCACAUCUUCAUCUUCUCCAGGGCCAGAAUCUCGUCCGGAGUAUUUCCCUUUACUUGCUCUGCAAAUGCACGAGCAGAGGAGGUACUUGCAACUGGCAGAUCCAAGGCUAGCGGGGCUUGUGACAAGUGAAGAGGUUGAGAAGCUGGUUCGGAUAGCCUUGUGUUGUGUGCAUGAGGAGCCAAUGUUGAGACCAACUAUGGCUAAUGUUGUUGGCAUGUUAGAAGGUGUGGCGCCUCUGGGAGUGCCACAGAUUAAUUCAUUGAACUUCUUGCGGUUUUAUGGCCGAAGGUUCACCGAGGCAUCUACAAUGGAAGGAGAACAUAAUGAGAUUCUAUUACACCCACAGCCGAGAAGUUCCUCCAGUGGUUCCUACAACUCCUUGUCUUACAUCUCUUCACAACAGGUUUCUGGUCCUAGAUAGUGCUCCAGAGUCCUUGCUUAGCAAAGUGAGCUUCAAAUGUUUUGUCUAAAUUAGAACCAAGUGCUGCUAUAUGUCAAUAGUAUUGCAUAUUCUUUCUGCAACUGUACAUAAUUUUGUAUUGUAGUUCAUAACACGAGUAUUGUAUGAUUUUGCACGAGAAGGGUGAGGGAUAACUACUUAAUUCAGCUUACGGAGAACCCGGAAUGGAGAACUUGUUCCCUUUUCUGUCCCACUCUUUGAUCUUAAGAAUGCUGCUUUUUUCAAUGGCCAUGGGUUCAAAUCCCACGAGCUUUGUGAAUC